AUCACAUCCAUUUCAAUUUGAAGAAAGAACUAACAGAUUAAGCUUCAUUUUCCCCCAAAAAAAAACAAUCAACCAUGGAGAAUGCGGUUCAAGAGAUAGUGGCAAAGCAAGUGUUGACGGUGGCAAAAGCGGUGGAGGACAAGCUUGAUGAAGAGAUUCAUGCUUUAGAUCGGUUAGAUCUUGAUGAUUUGGAGGUGUUGAGAGAACGUAGAUUGCAACAGAUGAAGAAAAUGGCUGAAAAACGGAAUCGUUGGAUAUCUCUUGGACAUGGAGAAUACUCCGAGAUCCAAGCUGAAAAGGACUUUUUCUCUGUUGUUAAGGCUAGUGAUCGCGUUGUUUGCCAUUUCUACCGCGAGAAUUGGCCUUGCAAGGUUAUGGACAAGCAUUUGAGCAUACUGGCAAAACAGCAUAUAGAGACACGUUUUGUGAAAAUUAAUGCUGAGAAAGCUCCAUACUUGGCUGAGAAGCUUAGAAUUGUUGUUCUUCCAACCCUUGCCCUCGUCAAAAAUGCUAAAGUCGACAACUACCUGGUUGGAUUUGAUGAGCUUGGGGGUACCGAUGAGUUUAACACGGAGGAACUUGAAGAGAGGUUAGCUAAAGCUGAUGUUAUCAUCUUUGAGGGUGAAUCAUCAAAAUUUUUAUCAAAAUCCAAAGCUAAAGCUCAGUCGAACAAGAGUGUGAGGCAGAGUUCAAAUCCUGACUCAUCGGACUCAGAAUAGCUUGUUUUUAUGUAUUAUUGUAGUAUUCCU